AUGCAAGCCCUGAACAAGCCCAUCUCCAUCUCGCCGCUGAGCUCCGUGCUGGUCGGAAGUCGGAGCGUCAUCCGCUGCUCACACAUCUCGGACGAUGGCUCGGUGAUCGUCAACGGAAGCGACUCGGGGGACCUCUACAUCUGGGACUCGGAGACGAGCGAGAGCGUCAUGUCCUUUCAAGCUCACAAGAGUGUCGUCAACGCCGUCCGGUUCCUGUCCUCCUCCUCCCGCAUCCUCUCAGCGGCCUCGGACAACACCGCCAAGAUCUGGGACGAGCCGACGACGUCGUGCAUCGCUACCUACAAGGGUCACUCGUCUCCCGUCCUCUCCCUUGCCGUGUCUCCCGAUGAGAAGACGUUCGCCUCGGGGGCCGAGGACAUGCAGAUUCACCUCUGGAACGAGGAGGCGACGACCCUGCACGUGCUAAAGGGGCACGAGGGACCCGUCAGAGCCUGCGACUUCUCGCCCGACGGGCUGAGGCUCGCCAGCGCCUCUCUGGACAAGACCUGCAAGGUGUGGGACCUGGAGAGCAAGUCGGAGAUCAACGAGAACCCUGUUUGGAUCCAGAGCAUGGCGUUGUCGCCCUCGGGCACCUACGGGGUGUCGAGCAGCGAGGACGGGAAGCUGUGCCUAUGGGACACUAACAAGGCGGAGAUGGUGAUGAGAUGCGAUUGCGCGCAUGUCUGCCGCGUAGCAUGCUUCCCUCCCCACUCUGACGAUGUGUUUGUUGCUGCCUGCGACGACGGGGUGAUCCGAGUCUUCAAGAUCCCGGAGAUGCUGUCGUCAGGGAGCGGCUCGUGCUCGAUGGAGAUAGGCUACCACGACCUCUGCAUCCGGGCGCUGAAGUUCGCAAGGGACGGGAAGCGUUUCAUCACUGGCUCCCUCGACCACCUCGCUAAGGUGUGGAGCCUUGACUCGAUCUCGCAGGAGAUGAGCCUGCAGGGGCACGAGGGGUCCGUGCUGGACGCCGAGGUCAGCCCCAGCAUGAACCUUUACGUGACCUCCUCCACCGACAAGACCGUCAGGGUGUGGAACGCCAAGUCAGGCAAGGAGCAGUGGCAGGGGAAGCACGGAGCCUACGUGUACGCCUGCGGCUUCAGCCCGGACAACAAGAGAGCGAUCUCUGUGUCCGGGGACAGGACGGUGAGGGUCUGGACGGCGAAGAAGGGAGAGUGUCUCCACAUCCUCAAGGCCAAGUCUGCGCUGCUGACUUGCGCCAUCUCCGAGGCAGGCUUCCUCCUGUGCUCGGGCUACGAGGGCGCGAUGCACAUGUGGGACAUGAAGGCGUACGAGGCGCCGCCGCUCGACCUGGUCGGCCAUGACGCCGAGAUCAGGAGCCUGCAGCUGUCAAGGUUCGGGUCGUACGCGCUGUCCGCUAGCAACGACGGCAGCGUGCGGAUCUUCGACUGCAGGAGCGGGCAGCCGCUGGGGGCCCUUCCUUGGCCCUUUGCCUUCACGUCCAUGAGCUCUGUGGUCGACCAGGAGCGGGCGAUCUGCAUGUGCGGAGACAGCGAGGGGAACGUGUUGAUCGUUCGGAUCCACGGGGUUCACGAUAUCUUGCACCGCCAUAUCAGUCAUGGCGACAGCUUGUUGAGCAAGAAGUAAGAAGCAGCGAGUGUGUAAAUAUUCUUCAUGC